UGAAGGAUUGUUUUUAAACAUCACCCGGAAGUACAGUACUUCGUUGUCAAUGAUUUGUUUGUUGUCAGUAAAAUCACCGAUAGAUGAGUAGAAUAUCUUUGGUAAAAGUAAUUGCAUGUGCAAAUGUUGGCUAUCUAUAGAAAACGGGUUUAGUUUGCUAGCUAACUAGUAUAGUAUUAGCUAGCUUGCAUGCAGAUAUCAACCUUUUUAGCCACGUUGUAAGCGCUUAGUGUAUAUUCUAGGCUUGGUCACUAUCUAACCUUAGCAUCAAACUCUUUAGCUAGCUAACAGUAGCUUGUUCCAGUGGCUAUUUUUCUUUGCAAACUAGCUAUGGAUAACAUUAUUGAUCCAGCAUCAGAACAAGAUCUCCCUUCUUUCUCCUUACGUCUCCUGGUUCCACCUCUACGCCUGAUGUCUGCUUUCAUGUGGCAAGUGGCUCAACAACGUAAUGUGAUGCAAUAUGGGAAGCUGGAGGAGUUUGUGACUUUUGUGACAGAGAUGGUUCCAGAGCUGCUGAGCUCCAGGCAGAGGACCCAACUCAUUCUAGGACUGAGAGCAAGGAUGGUUUUAGAGUUGUGUUGCAGUGCGGGCACAGCUGACCUCCUGACUAUCCAGGCCCACUUGAACAUAAUCCACACUUUGACAGAAAAAUCCUUACACAAAGAGAGUCAUGGUGAUGAAUUGGAGGCUUCAGAUUCUAACUUUGUGGAGCUAGUCCAAACCCUGCUGGGAGACCCUUCUGAGAGGGAGCAUUUCUUCCAGGAGGUGUUUCCAGUCCACUAUGGCCCUCGGUAUGACACAGCGCUGCAGACACUGGUGUGGGAGUUCCUCUCCAGACUGGAGGAGCUGCUGCCUGUACCAGACCUCACGCAGACAACAGCAUGGCUCAGUGCUGCCCCCUCUGUCCUGGAGGAAUGUGGACAGACUGUCUUUGACCCUGAACAACUGAAGACAGUGCUGCAGCACCAUCAGCGUCAUGGAAACAUGAACAAGAGUCAUGUCUCUAAAUACACUGCAGAUACCAUCCUGUCCACACUGUCCCUCCCUCCAAAAAUGAGAGUUGUUAUUAACUAUGAGCCAGACAACUCUGACAAUGGGAGGCAAUACUCAGAUGAAUGCAUAGAUAAUGGGGUCUGUGAAAAUGAAGCCCACAAUGAAAUCCUGGAUGAAAGCACUGAUAGAUGUUUGGAGGAUCUAGGACUGUCAACAUCAGAGCAACAGGAGGGUCUGCCACCUGCAGAGACCUCAGUGUUGGUUAUUCCAGUACCCUGUGAUGAAUUGAACUUGGAUCAUUCUCUCAACGUAAUGGUGAAUGCUGACGAGCCAUGCCAGGUUCUUAACUGCACUCUACCUCCAUUCUCUCACAGUGAAAUGGCCAACCUCUGCAAGGACAAUACCGACCAAGUAGAAAAGGACAGCAAGCAGGUUGACAAGAAAGAAGAAGUGGUCAGAAAGGGGGACAAAAAUAAUGAGAUCAAACAGGUUGACAAGAAAACAAAGGUGGUCAGAAAGGGGGACAAAAAGAAUGAGAUCAAACAGGUUGACAAGAAAACAAAGGUGGUCAGAAAGGGGGACAAAAAGAAUGAGAUCAAACAGGUUGACAAGAAAACAAAGGUGGUCAGAAAGGGGGACAAAAAGAAUGAGAUCAAACAGGUUGACAAGAAAACAAAGGUGGUCAGAAAGGGGGACAAAAAGGUUGACAAGAAACAAGAGGGAUCCCCUGUACCCCAAAACAGGACUCAUACAUGUGAGUGUGGGAAGGUUUUCAAAAAACCAUCACUGCUGACGCUACAUAUGGGAGUUCACACGAUGCCAUAUCAUUGUGACCAGUGUCCCAAACGAUAUGCUACUCCUGGGGCUCUGAAAAAACACCAGUUACUUCACACAGAAGAAAGACCAUUUGCAUGUGAACACUGUGACCGGAGGUACAGGAGUGCAUAUGAUCUCAAAGUGCACGUACGCAUUCACUCUGGGGAGCGCCGUCACAUGUGUACCAUCUGUGGUAAGAGGUUUACCCAGCAGUGUGCACUAGUGAGACACAUGCGAAUGCAUGCUGGGGAGAAGAAUUAUUUAUGUAGCAUAUGUGGUAAGGCAUUCCUUACCUUAGGAGAACUGCGUCUGCAUACACGAACGCACACAGGAGAAAACCCCCACACCUGUAAACAUUGUGGAAAGGGUUUCAAAGCAUCUUGCCAUCUUAUGGUUCAUCUGCGAUCUCAUACAGGCGAGCGUCCUUACACCUGCACCCAAUGCCCCAAGUCUUUCACUACUUCAGACGCUCUUAGAAAGCACGUAUAUACUCACACUGGGGAGAAACCUCACGGGUGCUCAGAGUGUGGGAAAACAUUUUCUCAAAGGGGUAAUAUGGUAAAUCAUAUGAGAAGAGUUCAUAAACCGGUUAAGAUUCUCCAAAAGCAGUCCAACAGAAAGACAGACAAAGUCUCAUAAAAAGAUUGAAGAGAUCGAAAGGAACCAUGUAGGAGUUCAUUCCAAUGUAAAUACUAGUACUAUACACAUGAUUUUACAGGUCCUCUUUUGUAUAUCAGAUUAUCAUACCAAAACAUGUUUUUCAAUACAUUUCUUCAGAUUUGUCAUGUCUACACAUGAUAUUCGAGACUACAAAUAACGAGAAUGAUUUUAGAAGCGGGAUUAUGAUUGACCCAAUUUAAAUGGUUUAAAAACUUCUUAGGGCUGAGAUCCUGUUAAUGGGAUCGAUAUGACAACAGCCAGUGAAAGUGCAGGGCGCCAAAUUCAAACAGAAAUCUCAUAAUUUAAAUUCCUCAAACAUACAAGUAUCU